UAGUAAAAGGGUGCCCGCGAGCCCCCCGCCGCCAAAGAGCGCCGCACCUGCGGCUCGCGCCCGUCACGUGACCGCGGCGGGGCUACAAAGCGGAGCGGCGCGCCGCCGCGUGAGCAACUCCGCGCUGCAGGUCCGCGAGGCGGGCGCGCGCCACUCGAGUCGUGCACGCGGCGAUCGCUGCUCGUUUUUUCGUUGCUUUCGCGCCUUUUUUCCCCAGAAAGAGACUCAAAUUUUGCUUUCCGGCUUCAGCUACAGUGAUAGCUAAGUGCGGGAAGCGGGAUCUCGCGCCUCGACUUUUUCUCUCCUUUUUUCUCUCUUUCUUUCUUUCUCUUUUUUUUCGAGACAGAGAGAGAGAAAAAUAACGGAAUAAGAAAGGAGGAAAACCAAAGCUCCCCAAAAGCCGAGUGUUGAUAAUCAUGGAGAGCGGCGGUUCGAGGAAACGCUGCUCCGGGGCUGUACGAGACUUCUUCACCUCGGCCAAGUUCCUCAUCUACCUGGGGCACGCGCUCUCCACAUGGGGGGACCGCAUGUGGCACUUCGCCGUGGCCGUCUUCCUGGUGGAGCUGUAUGGGAACAGCCUGCUGCUGAGCGCCGUGUACGGCCUGGUGGUCGCUGGCUCCGUGCUCCUCCUGGGGGCCAUCAUCGGCGACUGGGUGGACAGGAACCCCCGGCUCAAAGUUGCACAGACCUCCCUGGUGGUCCAGAACUGCGCGGUCAUACUGUGCGGUGUUCUCCUCAUGGUGGUUUUCCACUUCCAGGAGCCUCUUAAGGAGCUCUACAGCGGCUGGCUGCUCACCACCUGCUACAUCGUGGUGAUCACCGUGGCCAACGUUGCCAACCUGGCGAGCACGGCCACCUCCAUCACCAUCCAGAGGGACUGGGUGGUCGUGGUGGCGGGAGAGGACCGCAGCAAACUGGCCGACAUGAACGCCACAGUGAGGAUCAUCGACCAGCUGACCAACAUUCUGGCUCCAAUGCUGGUGGGUCAGAUCAUGGCCUUCAGCUCGCACUUCAUCGGCUGUGGCUUCAUCUCCGGCUGGAACCUCUGCUCCAUGUGUCUCGAGUACUACCUGCUCUGGAAGGUCUACCAGAAGACCCCGGCGCUGGCCGCCAAGGCGGGCCGCAAGGACGAGGAGCUGGAGCUCCGGCCGCUCAACGCCCAGCGAGAGUGUGAAAACACGGUAAAACCGCAGGAGGUGGAGACGGAGCCGUGGGACGAGGCGGGUUUGUGCUACAGGAUGUCGGAGCCGUUCCGCACGUUCCGCGAGGGCUGGGUCUCCUACUACCAGCAGCCCAUCUUCCUGGCCGGAAUGUCGCUGGCCUUCCUCUACAUGACCGUGCUGGGCUUCGACUGCAUCACCACGGGCUACGCCUACACCCAGGGCCUGAACGGAUCCGUCCUCAGCCUGCUCAUGGGCGCCUCGGCCAUCUGCGGGAUCUUCGGCACGGUGGCCUUCACCUGGAUCCGCCGGCACUGCGGUCUCGUUCGCACGGGCUUUGUUUCGGGCGCGGCGCAGCUCUCCUGCCUGCUGCUCUGCGUGGCGUCCGUCUUUGCGCCCGGGAGUCCCUUCGACCUGAGCGUCUCGCCCUUCCAGGACCUGGUCAGCCGCCUGCUGGGAUCCCCCAGCCCCCUGCCGGAGAUCGGCCCCACCGAAGAAACGGCGCGGUCGACGCUGGGGUUGCUCAACGCCACCGCGGAGGCGGUCGACUUGGAAGACGUGCGGAUGGUGGACUCCUACUUGUCCGUCGGCCUCCUCUUCACCGGGGUCAUCGCUGCCAGAGUGGGUCUUUGGUCCUUCGAUUUGACCGUGACCCAGCUGAUCCAGGAGAACGUGAUCGAGUCCGAAAGAGGAGUCAUCAACGGCGUCCAGAACUCCAUGAACUACCUCCUUGACCUGCUGCACUUCAUCAUGGUCAUCGUGGCGCCCAACCCUGAGGCCUUCGGCCUCCUCGUCAUCAUCUCCGUCUCCUUCGUCACCGUGGGCCACCUCAUGUACUUCCGCUUCGCCUAUAAGAGCCUUGGGAGGCGGCUCUUCCUCCGCUGCUCUCCGGAGGUCAAACCGACGACUCGCACUCCCUCCCUUCCCGCAUCUGUGUAGCCCGUCCGGGACCCCCCACCCCCUGCACUGCCCCCCGAUGCCCCGCACCAUAAACAAAUGAGCUUCCAUUCUGUAAAGUCACUGACCUCAUGCACUUAGGGAACGGAGAAGUGGACGACAGACCACAACGACCACGGUUUCACAGCCCUGCGAGGGGAUGUUUCAGACCUCAGUAAGCAGGUAGAUGAGUCCUCAUCUUUAAUAUUCGAGGGGCUCAAUCUGUUUAUAUUUGAAAUGAAGUGGAAAUCGAUAUAUUUGCACGCGGAGUCGCUCGUAUGUUGCCAUGGCCGGUGGAGACGUGCAGUUCUACAGGUGCGACGGAAGGUGCGAAACUCCUGUGGGGGUCCAGAAUGUCAAAUGCCGUCUUCUACCCCCCGGGGGGAGGGAGGGGCAGCGGUGCAGUUCACAGGGACCACGUUCCUGUUCGCGGGCUGAGCGGCGCUCUUGGACUUGCACCCUCGAGGGUGCAGGUUCUAGUCCCACUCUCUGCUCCUGCUGCAGUACCCUUAACCACGUACACCAAGUUACUCUAGUAAGUCACCCAUCUGAAUACAUUGGUGAAAUGCUGAAAAGCACUUUGGUUCGAACCUCAGAUGAGCAAUAAUAAUCGUAGCAAUAACGGUCCUUUUGCUCAUUUUCUUCAACACUUUUUCUGAAAGCAGAGCAGUAAGUGCUCUUCCCGUGUUCCCAAUGCAGUACCGUGGUAAGGUCUCGCUACGGGCUGCUCAUAAGGGUUAAACGCCUUUAUAUGAAUAUACUCGGGUUCUGAUUAAUUUUCCCUCUGAACUCCUGAGAAUCUGAAUUUUCAGCUCUGCUUCCUGCUGCUCCGUCUCACCGGCUGCAGUAGCUGAGAGCUCCGACAUCACUUCUGUGAAACGCCUUUACUCUGUAAUCUUGAGCACCUUUUUUAAAUUACUGUACGUACCUUACCAAUGGAGUACUCCCCGCUGGUCCCACGGCGACUACAUUUCACACUCCUGCGCCCUGAGCAUCUCAGUAUUUCAGCGUCCUUAGAGACUGGCCUUUAAAAUGUACACUAAGGACGCUAAAAAUUAUAUUUAGUUUUUCAUUUUGCAUAAGAGCGGGGCGCUGCGGUCUCACCUCAACAAUUCUUGAUGUUUUUUUUUUUUGUUUUACCGUACCGCAAAAUAAAUGCGGUACGGUAAAAAAUUAGACCCAACUACCGGCAUGGUUCAUAUGGCACAUUGCAAGACCCGUGACCGGAUGUGUGUGUCGUCCAGUGUUCGCUGUGUUAACCCCCCCCCUUCUGCUCCUGGUUCCUCCCACCCUGUGUGCUGAUGCCUCCUCCAUUCAGCAGUGACCACAUGUCCCCAUGUCCCCAAGUGGCCUUUCCUUCACGUUGUCACGGCAGGAUCUCAGUGUGCAGCUCAUCACCCAUAAUCGGUUUGGGGGAAAUGUGGCAUUUUACUGAGAAUAAUGUCAGGUUUUCAUGAGGAAAAGAAGGGAAACACUAUUUUGCACGUUUGCUCAUAUUUCUCCGCUUCGCGGACCGUGCUGCACCGCAAGGUGGGAGACGUUUCUCCCGAAAGACAUGUGAUCCGCAGCUUCCUUCUUCGCUCCUUAUAGUUCCUUGAAGAAGCUUUGACUUGGUCCAGUGUCACUUCCUGAAAAAAUUCAAAUCCAGCAUUAAAAGUUGUAAUAAUUUUAUCCAUACAGUAUAUUGUUCCUAAGAAAGGCUGCAGUGCACCGCCGUAAGCAAUGAGACUUUUACCCUCACGUACAGUACGGUAAUGCUCCGUGCGGCGCGUACCGUCACGUGAUGGUCUUGUGCUGCCGAGCUGAAUAUGUUGAGAACAUUUUAUACACUUGUCUUUGUGAAGUCUUGUACAAUACAGUGAAAUCAUCUCUUUGAUUAUGCAGGACAGCGUUAAGUGAUAUGAGUGAAAAUGUGGAGCUCAUUACUCUGUUUCUGAAGUUAAUGGGCAUUAAGAACACGGCCGAAGGAAACGCCUCGGUUACAGUGCCGAGGUGCCACCCGAAUAAAACACCCGAAGGCCACUUACUAUGUUGUAAGCGUAAUAAAUGAAAUUGUU